UCCCCGCAGCCAGUGGGAGGGAAGGGGCGGGCUGCGGCGCCAAGCGUGAGGCUGAGUUGAAUGUGCGGAGGAGGCGGGACGGUGGCGGCGUGCGGGGAUGGUCCGUGCCCACCUGAGGCCUAUGGAGAAUGGCAAAGAAAAAUACACAGAGCAAAGAAAUGAAAGAAGAGAAAAGAAAACAGCGAAAACAACGAGUGACCCAUAAGGGAGAGCAGGAGUCAGAAACGGAACCAGAGAAAAAGAAACCAAGUCUCCAGGCAGCAGAUGAAGAGGAAGAUCUUAGCCCAGAGGAAAGGAGGAAAUUGGAAAGAAAAUUUAAAAAAGAAUGCAAGAAAGAAGAAAAAAAGCUGAUGAGAGAAGCCGGAAUCUCUACUAAGAAAGCAGAACCCAAGAAGCUGUCAGGAUCUGAACUGGCUCUGGCCUAUUUAACCAGCUGGUCUGAAAACCCAAAGGAAUGGAAGUUUCAAAAGACAAGACAGACCUGGCUGCUCUCACACAUGUAUGAGAAAGAGAAGGUUCCAGAUGAGUAUUUCACCAUUUUACUGGACUAUCUGCAGGGCCUUAAGGGCAGCGCGCGAGACACAACUGUGCAGAAAGCUGAAGCUCUAAUGCAGGAAUUGGAUGGAUUAGAUGCAGAAGACCCAACCGUGAUGGAGAAGUGUGAGCGCAUACGCCAAGUUCUGCAGCUGCUGUCUUGAGCGUGGUUCUGUGUCUUGGUGCUUGUCUGCUGGAGAGAAGCAUUGAAUAUCAUGUGCAGAUACUUCAAAUUUGUUGUAAAGACAUAUUUUAAUAAUGAAUCUGAAUACUGAAUAUUCUGAAUUUGUAUUCAUGUUUUCAGCUACAAAUAUUUCUCAUGUUUUGAGGUGAUGAAGUCAAAAGAGAACACCACAUAUGGCCCACCGCUACACUGAUGAAAAGUAAUCUCACUGCGUAUCUUUAGAGAAGCACAUCUCCCUUUCUUGUUAGGUCUUCUUCAACUCUCCAUCUAAUUACUGUUAAAUAAGAGGAGCUUUGCAGUCCUUAACAAGGAGAGCAGAGCAGCCAACAAAAAGCCCGGAGGUUCCUUUACAAUGGCAGCUUGUAGCAUUAGCUUACAGUGCAGUGCUUGCUCAGCCAGCUGCAGUCUAUCACUUUCAGCUUCAGAAGCGUGUCAUUUGGAUUUGGGAAAGAUCAUUUUCAGUCUGUUGAGCAUGGGUUGUAUAACACAGUUGCUUAUUGGUACUUCACAGGGUAAUCUGGAGAUAUCAUCAGCUUUGUUAGUUUUCCUUGUAUAUUUCAAAGGUUUUCAAUGCUUUGCGGCAAUUGUUUAGAUAUUCAGAUAAUGUGCAGAUGGGAACAGCUCAGAUCUUUUGACCAUAUGUACCGAAAUCAUCUGAUCGUACCCAAACUCACCCUGUGAUGAGAAGUGCUGCACAGCAACACUUUGAGUGCUGCCCGCCAAUACUGUGUUUUCAUUUUGCUCUGUAAUUGGUGUCUAAAAGAGUAAAUUUGCGUUCAUUUGCUUUGAUGUGGGGCAUUUAUCUCCUAUAAAUGUGCAAAAAAUGAGGCUUUCAAGUAAAAACCAAAGACAUCAAUCACUCAAAAGUUGUAUGAUUGGCUUAUUAUUUAAUAACACUUGCAUUCAGACUGUGUUCUUGACUUGAUUCUUUAGUCUUUCUGCAGAUAUUGUUCGUACUGUACUACCAACAACUUUAUCAAAUGCAUAUAUUGGAAGAGUGGCUGUCUUUGGUAAUUACUGCUUUAAUGUGGAUGGAUGAAGGAGGGCAGAAUUGAUGGUCUAAUUUUUCAGUAAGAAGCAUUUGAGUGGGUUUGACAGCCUCCACAGUCAAUUACGAACCUUUAGAAGUAUGAAAUAUGUUACUGGUAACAAAUAACUUAAGAUUUGGGCUUCUUGAAGAUGAGGUUUUCAACCGUAUAAGACCUGUUGUUAGCCCAAGCAGAAGCCGAUGCUUUUUUCUCUCCAUGAGAAGAUGAAUUUCUAAGGGGUGAAGUUUUCUAAGUGCCUUGUUGGGAUUUUAUAAUUGCAUUUUAGGUGCCGGAGAAGAAUGCUGGGUGAAGGACAUGGUCUUUGACCUUCCCUUCUUCCAUGUAUGGAAAGUUCAGAAGCUGAACACGAGGGUAUCUGUUGCUCUGAUUUGUUUGAUGGAGAAAGCAAAGUUUGGUGUCAUCUGCCACACAUCUCCUAGAGCGUGGCACUGCUCGCUGCUGUCUGGCAAUGGGUUGGAAGGCAUGCACAACUUCUCUUUCAUAUCAUAACUCUGUAAGUCAUGUGGUUUCAAAGCUUGGUGUGAAAUACUGUAAAUAUGGUCGUAAACUCUGUCACUUCAGUAUUUUAGCUACAGGGCCAGCUUCUGCUCAUCUUAGGAUUUUAACCUAGAAAUUUACAUUUCUGGAUGAUCAUAUUUAUCAGGGUUUCCUCCAUGAUGUGUUUUAAACGAUGUAUUUUAAACUAUGAGGUGGGUAAUUGCAGCCAUGGAAUUCCUGCAACUGCUCAGAGCUGUGCAGGCAGGCACAACCUGUCGCUUCAUUCACGUUGUUCCGUACUUUGGUCACAUAGAGUUUUGUAGCCCAGACAAUCCUAUGGCUGCAGACAGGACAAAGCAGUGUCUGGGUUUCCAUGCCGUGGCUGCUGUGUUGGUAAAAAUUGAGUCUGAGGCGAGAAGUAACAGUUUGCAUGUACGGUCUGACAAAUUGCAUCUUCAUCUGCCUGCUCUAAUUGAUGUCUCCGUGGGCUAAUCUGCAUUGUGUAGCUCCAGCUGGAAGGAUCCUGUCUGAAGAGAAUGCUGAAGUCAGGGCUUCUAGGUAAAAUAAGGGAACAUUAAUUACUCAAAAUUGCUUAAAGCUGGAAUUGUGCCUCUAAUGACAGCACUAAUUACUCGGAAUCUGACAACGUGAAAAGUUCCCUUUAAUUUGACUGAUCCUGGCUGUGGGUUGUGUAUCUUCUUGGCUUCUUGUCUGCCCACAGUUUUAAUUUGUUAUCAUCAUUGUAAAAUUACUGAGCAAAUGAAUUCUCUGUUCUUCUUUGGAACGAUAUAUUGUGGUUGUUGAACAUGUCAUUUAUUUCCUCCUACUGGA